CCAGACCAGACACUUCAAUUCAAAACGAUACCACACUCUCCCAAGCUUCCACACCUCGAACAUCAUCCCAUACAUUCCCAACAACGAACCCAACCAUCAUGCCCAAGUACGCCAAAAGCCAGCCCGUCGACUUCAAAAAUGCCAUCGAAAGAGUCGCCAUUGUCGGCGUAAGUACCCCGCCAACCCAUCAACAACACGACGUAUGCAACAAAACUGACAAGAAAAAAAAAAUUACACACACUUAGGCAGGAGGGACGAUUGGGUCGCAUAUUGCGAACGCGCUUCUUAAGACGGGAACACACACCGUGACGGCGCUGUCCCGGAAAGACAGCGGCAACAGACUCCCCGCGGGCGUUCUCGUCGCGUCGGUCGACUACGACGACGAGGCGAGCAUUGUUGCCGCCCUCAAGGGCCAGCAGUUUUUCAUCAUCACCAUGGCCCCGACCGCGCCCCGGGACACCCACAGCAAGCUUGUCCAGGCAGCCGCCAAGGCCGGUGUUCCCUACAUCAUGCCGAACGGGUAUGGCGCGGACAUUGACAACAUCCAACUCGGCGAAGACACGAUGCUGGGGCCCGUGGCCAAGGCCCACAGGGAUGAGAUUGAGAGGCUCGGCAUGCAGUGGAUCACCAUGUGCUGUGGGUUCUGGUAUGAUUACAGCUUGGCAGGUGGGGCCGCUCGCUUUGGGUUCGACUUUGAAAAGCGCUCCUUGACCAUCUACGACGAUGGGAACACCAAGAUCUCGACGUCGACGUUAUCGCAGGUCGGGCGCGCCGUGGCCAAGGUCCUGAGCCUGAAGGAGCUUCCCGAGGACGAAGACGAUGAGAGUCUUACUCUGUCGGCGUUUCUCAAUAAGGGCGUGUACGUUAAGAGCUUUGUCGUCAGCCAAAACGAUAUGUUUGAGAGCGUCAAGCGUGUCACCGGCACUGCCGACGCCGACUGGGCCAUCACCCACGAGGACACCAGGAAGAGAUAUGCGGAUGGCCUGGCGCAAGUGAAAGUGGGGAAUAUGGCGGGUUUUAGCAAGUUGCUGUACGCAAGGGCGUUUUACCCGGAUGAAUCCAGUGAUCUCUCGGCCAAGGCGCAGAAUGAGCUGCUCGAAUUGCAGGAUGAGAGCCUGGAUGAAGCUACCAAGGUUGGGAUGGAUCUGGUCAAGGAACUGCAGCUUCGAGUUGAGCGUAUGGCGGCCUAGAAAGUAUCACAACAUAUACAUAGACAGAGUUUGGUUUUUUUCUUUUUGUUCCCAUUCAUCACUUUCCAGCUCAAAACGAGAGAAGGUACUUGAAAGUCCG